UAUCUCAAAAAUAUGCUAAUAAUCGGUACAAUUGGUCUACUAUUAUUGUCCUUCCAUUUAACCAACUACGGCGUCUUGCGGGUGACGUUUCCCUACCUAGAUCAGCACAUUUUAAUUGUGUUGUGCAAUCCCAAAUGAUUUCGUAUAGAAACAUAUUCCAUUUAGACAGCUGAUAGGAGCUGUGCAAUUAAUACACAAUUAUUACUUUUACUGUAAUGCCAGCAAAAAUAACAUUCACACACAAAUGAAGGAAAUACUCAGCAAAACAUGCAAACCGUUGCUUUCCAUUCAUAGUUUUGUUUAAUGAUAGCGGUAUUAUGUCUUUGUUGUCCGAGCGUUAUCAGACGCGCCUUACUGGUUGAGAGGAUGCUUUAUCAGUUGUCGUGGCAUAAGUUCCUCCCCCCCUCCAGUCCUUCAACGACUUUCACCUCCAGCGUGGAGCGCUCCUGCGAGCUAGUUCUUAUAGCGUACCUGCUGCCACACGAUGAUGAUGAUGAUGCGCGGAGGUUCACUUAGUUUCUUUCACCUUCUGUGUCUCUUUUUGGUUCAGACUGUUGCACCCAGCGAUUUGCCCAUAUGUAAAGAGUCGGACUACCACUUCGAGUACACAGAGUGCGACGUGCUGGGAUCUCGAUGGAGGGUGGCCGUCCCUAACAAGCAGGACACCUGCACGGGUCUCCCGGACCCCGUCAAGGGCACACAGUGCACGUUCUCCUGUAACGAGGGGGAGUACCUGGACAUGAGAAGCCAGACGUGCCAGAAGUGUUCCGCAGGAACCUACUCCCUAGGGACAGGUGUGGGCUUCGACGAGUGGGACGCCAUGCCGACUGGCUUUGUAUCGCACGGGAUAAACUUGAACAUAGCUGACAUGUACACCAACUGCUCAAACUCGACCUGGAUCCCCAGUGGUGACUACAUCGCCUCAAACAUAGACGAGUGCACCGCGACCUUGUCCUACUCUGUCAGCCUGAAGAAAGCAGGCACUGUGUCCUUUGAAUACUUCUACCCAGACAAGAACAUCUUCUUCGAGUUCUUUGUUCAAAAUGACCAGUGCCAGUCUACAGACUCUCAUGUUCGCUGGAUGAGGACCUCGGAGAAAGACUGGACUUCCUAUGAUCUGGAGCUGAAUCGUGGCAACAACGUGCUCUAUUGGAAGACCACGUCUUUUGCACUGGUGGGCAGCGCUGUCAAACCUGUACUCCUUCGAAACAUUGCCAUCUCAGGGGUGGCCUAUACGUCCGAGUGUUUCCAUUGCAAGGCUGGCACCUACAGCGCCAAGCCCGGCUCGGCCCACUGCACCCCCUGUCCAGCCGACUCCUACUCCAACAAGGGGGCGACGGUGUGCCAGCAGUGUGGACCGGACCUGUAUGCAGAGGCUGGGUCGGGAAGCUGCAAGCAGAGACCUGCAUGUACCACGAGUGACUACUUCUACACUCACACCCCGUGUGACUCCAACGGACAGACCCAGUUGAUGUACAAGUGGAUUGAGCCGAAGAUCUGUAGCGAGGCGGUUGGAGGGCUCAAUAGCUCGGAGGCGGCGGUGUCGUUGCCCUCCUCUGGCCAGUUGGAGACCUGUCCCCCCUGCAACCCCGGCUUCUUUUUCACCAACACCUCAGCCUGCGAACCAUGUCCCCACGGAACCUACUCCAACGGAACAGCCUGUGCAGAAUGCCCUGUCGGAACAGAACCAGUGGUGGGGUUUGAGUACAAGUGGUGGAACAAGAUGCCCGACAACAUGAGGAGCUUCGUCUACAGCCGGGAGUACAGCGACACAGACAGGAGCACCGGGUGGGAGGUGGCGGGAGAGUACAUUUACACCACCCCAGGGGAUCUGGACUCCGACUACAUGAUGCUGUCACUCACAGUGCCUGGAUACAGAUUACCUCAUUCCAUGGCUAAAGAUGAGGAGCGGAGUGAAGUGUCCCGGAUCUCUUUUGUCUUUGAGACCCAGUGCACUGCUGACUGUAAACUCUACUUCAUGAAGGGUUACAGCGAGAGAAACAAUGAAAUGGUGGAGCACUGGAGUGGUACGACCAGGAAACAGUCCUACUCCUAUUUGGUAAAGCACAACAGCACUGUCAGCUUUACCUGGGCUUUUCAACGCACAGAGGCCUACAGCCAGGUGAGGCAAUACAGCGCAGACUUCGCCAAGCUCUACUCCAUCCACAUCACUAAUGUGUUGGGGGGCGUGGCCUCUCAGUGCCGCCACUGUGCUCUGGGCUCUGGGUUGGCCUCGGAGUGCGUCUCCUGUCCUCCGGCCCACUACAUGGUGGAGGGGUCGGGCGUGUGUAAGAGCUGCCCUGCCAACACCUUCAUCAGGGCUGAUCAGACGGUAGGAGAGGCUGCCUGUGUCCCCUGUGGCCCCAACACCCACAGCAACAAGGCCCACUCAGCCUGUGUGAGUAGCUGUAGACUACAGGCCGGCGGAAGAGAAGGAGAAGUCCUUCGUUAUGACUUCACACCCCUGGCUAAUGUCACCAGCUUCCAGAGCAGCCCGCGCUUCUCCAGUAAAGGCCUACGAUACUUCCACCAGUUCAGGGUCGGCCUCUGUGGUGAAGAGGGCCGAGAGGUGGCGGUGUGCGUGGACAACGUGACCGAAACCAAGGAGGUCAGAGGUUACGCCUGCCAGUCCACUGUGGUGCCCUCUGAUGUCAGAGGUCAGACUGUGGUGUCGUCACAACCCUUCGUCAUCGGUGACACACUGAUCGGGGUUACCACUGAUGCCUUCCUGGAUGGUAUUGAGUCUCUUCAGAGCUCUUUUCCUGCCGAGUCAAACCUGCCUGAUGUUAUAUUCUACUACAGGUCCAGUGAAACCACACAGACAUGUAAAAAGGGAAGAGCAACCACCAUCAGACUAAGAUGUGAUCCGACAGUGACGGCCAAAGACCAGAUUACACUCCCAAGUAAAUGUUCAGAGGGGACGUGUGACGGCUGCUCUUUCCACUUCCUCUGGCGUUCUCAGCAUGCCUGUCCACUAUGCACAGAGAGCCACUACAGAGAGAUUGUCAGUGGUUGUACCCAAGGCAUACAGAGGACCACCUACGUGUGGCAGCAGCCCCUACAGUGCACCGGGGGUGUCGCCCUGCCUCCCCAGGCUGUCCGGGCCUGCGUGAGCCUGGACAUCUGGCUGAAAGUCGGCGUUUCCGCGGGGACUGUCGCCGCAGCCCUGCUCAUCGGCAUCAGCUGCUACUUCUGGAAGAGGACACGCAAACUGGAGUACAGGUAUUCCAAACUCAUGAUGACCGCCGGAGAUAAGGAGUGCGAGCUGCCCGCUGCUGACAGCUGUGCCAUCAUGGAGGGAGAAGACGCGGAGGACGAUCUCAUCUACCUCACCAAGAAGUCUUUCUUCACCAAGAUCAAGUCCUUCUCCCGAGAGAGAUCGUCAGAUGGGUUUGAUUCUGUUCCUCUGAAGUCAUCAUCAGGUUUGGAGAUGGAGAUGAGCUAGGGCAGGCGGGGGGACCCCGUAAAUACCAUUUUCCUCUUACAGAACCACAGGGGUGUUUACAACCCAGUUUUGGAACCACUGAGCUAGAAGAGUACCUGCCGACCUCCUCCAGCAUAAGAAUGGAGUAACACAUUUGGGUGUAUUUAUUAUUCAGUGAGAUAACAUGUUAAGAUUUUAUUCAAUGGAGUUGGCACAAUUCCCUGGACCCUGUUCCACCAGAAAAAUAGUAAUGUCUGUUCUACACAAUACAUUUGCAUGGGAACAUUCUGUAGUGUUGCUCGCUCCUGAAGGAUGGGAUUGUUGCUCCCCUGACUGCAACACCAAAGGACAAGAAGCAUCUAUACUAAACCAAACAGAAUGUCAUGAAUGGAACAUACGGAACGUGAUAGAUAUCUUCAUAGGUUCACCAACAGGCGAAUGGCGCAAAUAGUUUGUUCAGAAAAAUGUAUAAGAGGGAAUAUGUUUCUACUGCAAUGUUUUAAAUCUGUUUGGUCAUAUCAAAACAAAUACAUGUUUUGUUUCGUAGAAUAUAUUUCUCACCAAAUCGAGUUUGCUACUAUAUGGACCUAUAUGAUUGUAUGCCAGUAAUGUUUUUGCAGACAUGAAGUAACCUAAACCAGUGCCUAAUAUAAUAUUUUAUGGUGAUUUAUUUCCGAAAAUACUUUUCUUAUAUUUUCGCAAAACAUAUAGUUACAACAUGAGCUUGGAUCUCAAACCAUGCUUAUCGCUUUACAUUUAUUUUAGUGUAAAGUAACAUUAAUUUACAAUAGUAAUUAAUACAUUUAGUGUAUUAUCUAUGAAUUUUAUAAACUUUUUUCAAAUGUGUGAUACUGUUGCCAACCAUAUUUUAUGAAAUUGACCGUAUUUUAUUGUUUAUAUUCCACGCUUGUC